AUGGAUUGGAGAAUACUCGAAGUCCCAGUCAGAAGUAGUAAAUAUCGACGGAAUGUUAACAACAAUCCACUUGUUAAUAAAGUGUUGAGUGCAAAACGUGCGGAUGGAUUAGCUCGAAUGUGGCAAAGUCAGGAAGAAAUAUUCAUAUACGAGCAGACAGGCCCACCUGGUUUUGAUGACAUUACCGAAUUUUAUAUCCAUGAUUAUAAGCUCGCCAGAACUAUGCGUGAUGUCUUGAACCAGCGGAUCAUUCUUCGGCUCAAUAGUGGAACGAACGAUUAUGAUAAUCUCGCCAGCUUUGGUGCUUUAGCUUAUCGCACUGAAGUAUCUCUGCUUUGUUUUAUCCGAGGGAAUAAUAACAUGCAUGAAAUUUUUAAAGAUUACCAGUCUUUAUAUGCCGAACUCAACCUUGUACAAAAGUCUAAUAUAGGAGAUGUUGCAAUUGCUGAUAUCACGAAAGAUUCACAAUUUAUAGACUUUAUUUUGGGAAAUAAACAAAAUUAUCAAGGCAAUUCUAAAUCUCUGUCCAACACAGGUACAAAUAUAAGUGCAAUAGUGGGUGGUGUAAUAGGCUCACUUAUUUUUGUCGGCACAUUAGUGGCUGCUGGCUUUAUACU